AAACUUCGGGAAGGAACAGGAAACCUGCGGGGCGGCGGCGCUGCGCACGUCGCGGGGUGUGGGCUGCGCCGCGCCCCCCGGCCCCGCGGACGCGGAGCAUGAGGCAGCAUGUCCGAUAAGAUGUCCAGCUUCCUCUACAUCGGGGACAUCGUGUCCCUGUACGCCGAGGGCUCGGUCAACGGCUUCAUCAGCACCCUGGGGUUAGUGGAUGACAGAUGUGUGGUACACCCAGAGGCCGGGGACCUUGCCAACCCUCCCAAGAAGUUCAGGGACUGCCUCUUCAAGGUGUGCCCUAUGAAUCGGUACUCUGCCCAGAAGCAGUAUUGGAAGGCCAAGCAGGCAAAACAAGGGAACCACACAGAGGCUGCGCUGCUGAAGAAGCUGCAGCAUGCUGCAGAACUGGAACAAAAGCAAAAUGAAUCAGAGAAUAAGAAGCUGUUGGGAGAAAUUGUGAAAUACAGUAAUGUCAUACAACUACUGCAUAUAAAAAGCAACAAGUAUUUGACUGUCAACAAGAGAUUACCCGCUCUGCUGGAGAAGAAUGCCAUGCGUGUGUCCCUGGAUGCUGCCGGAAACGAGGGGUCCUGGUUCUACAUUCACCCCUUCUGGAAGCUGAGAAGUGAGGGGGACAAUAUCGUUGUGGGAGAUAAAGUUGUUCUGAUGCCUGUGAAUGCGGGACAGCCACUCCACGCCAGCAACAUAGAACUGCUCGACAACCCCGGGUGCAAAGAGGUGAAUGCUGUUAAUUGCAACACUAGUUGGAAAAUCACUUUGUUCAUGAAAUUUAGUUCCUACCGCGAAGAUGUAUUAAAAGGAGGUGACGUUGUUAGAUUGUUCCAUGCGGAACAAGAGAAAUUUCUGACUUGCGAUGAAUACGAGAAGAAGCAGCAUAUUUUCCUUCGGACAACCUUGCGCCAGUCAGCCACGUCUGCCACGAGUUCCAAAGCACUCUGGGAAAUUGAGGUGGUUCAUCAUGACCCGUGCCGUGGGGGUGCAGGACAGUGGAACAGCCUGUUCAGAUUUAAGCAUCUUGCCACUGGGAACUACUUAGCUGCAGAGCUUAAUCCUGAUUACCGAGAUGCCCAAAGUGAAGGAAAAAAUGUGAGAGAAGGAGACCUCCCAACCUCAAAGAAGAAGCGCCAGGCUGGGGAGAAGAUCAUGUACACUUUGGUCUCAGUCCCGCAUGGAAAUGACAUUGCAUCCCUUUUCGAACUGGAUGCCACAACGCUGCAGAGAGCUGACUGCCUGGUUCCAAGGAACUCGUAUGUUCGGUUAAGGCAUUUGUGCACCAACACAUGGGUAACCAGCACUAGUAUCCCCAUAGACACAGAUGAAGAGCGGCCUGUUAUGUUGAAGAUCGGAACCUGCCAAACGAAAGAAGACAAAGAAGCAUUUGCCAUCGUGUCUGUGCCACUGUCAGAGGUCCGAGACUUAGACUUUGCCAAUGAUGCCAAUAAGGUGCUAGCAACCACGGUGAAGAAGCUGGAAAACGGAACAAUCACGCAGAAUGAAAGGAGGUUUGUCACCAAAUUAUUGGAAGACCUCAUCUUCUUUGUUGCUGACGUGCCUAAUAACGGACAAGAAGUUCUGGACGUGGUUAUCACGAAGCCAAACCGAGAACGUCAGAAACUAAUGAGGGAACAGAACAUACUGGCACAGGUAUUUGGAAUCCUUAAAGCACCCUUUAAGGAGAAAGCGGGAGAAGGCUCGAUGCUGAGACUGGAAGAUCUAGGGGACCAAAGAUACGCCCCCUACAAGUACAUGCUGCGGCUGUGCUACCGCGUCCUCCGGCACUCCCAGCAGGACUACCGGAAAAAUCAGGAAUACAUUGCUAAGAAUUUCUGUGUCAUGCAGUCCCAGAUUGGCUAUGAUAUUUUGGCAGAAGAUACGAUCACAGCUUUGUUGCACAACAACAGAAAACUUCUAGAGAAACAUAUCACAGCCAAAGAAAUAGAAACAUUUGUCAGCUUACUCAGGAGAAACCGAGAGCCAAGAUUUUUGGAUUAUUUGUCUGAUCUCUGUGUGUCUAAUACCACUGCUAUCCCUGUGACUCAGGAACUCAUCUGUAAAUUUAUGCUGAGUCCAGGCAAUGCAGACAUUCUCAUUCAAACCAAGUUGGUCUCUAUGCAAAUAGACAACCCCAUGGAGAGCUCCAUCCUUCCAGAUGACAUUGACGAUGAAGAAGUGUGGCUCUACUGGAUUGACAGCAACAAGGAGCCUCACGGCAAAGCCAUCCGGCACCUUGCUCAAGAAGCAAAAGAAGGCACCAAAGCUGAUUUAGAAGUUCUUACCUAUUACAGAUAUCAGCUAAACCUCUUUGCAAGGAUGUGCUUGGAUCGCCAGUAUCUGGCCAUCAACCAGAUUUCUACACAGCUGUCUGUAGACUUGAUCCUGCGGUGUGUGUCAGACGAGAGCCUGCCCUUCGACCUCCGUGCAUCUUUCUGUCGCCUCAUGCUGCAUAUGCACGUGGACCGGGACCCCCAGGAGUCUGUGGUGCCUGUUCGCUAUGCCAGGCUCUGGACAGAAAUCCCCACCAAGAUCACCAUUCACGAGUACGAUUCUAUAACAGAUUCUUCCAGAAAUGAUAUGAAGAGGAAAUUUGCGCUGACAAUGGAAUUUGUUGAAGAAUACUUGAAAGAAGUUGUCAAUCAGCCCUUUCCUUUUGGAGAUAAAGAAAAAAACAAACUGACAUUUGAGGUGGUCCACUUGGCUCGGAAUCUCAUAUACUUUGGAUUUUAUAGUUUCAGUGAGUUAUUAAGGCUCACAAGAACGCUUCUGGCCAUCCUUGAUAUUGUGCAGGCCCCUAUGUCAUCGUAUUUUGAAAGAUUAAGCAAAUUUCAAGAUGGAGGGAACAAUGUCAUGAGAACUAUCCACGGGGUGGGAGAGAUGAUGACGCAGAUGGUGCUCAGCAGGGGCUCCAUCUUCCCCAUGAGCGUGCCCGACACACAGCCCAGCGUCCACCCCAGCAAGCAGGCAGGCCCCACCGAGCAAGAGGACGUGACCGUGAUGGACACCAAGCUCAAGAUCAUUGAGAUUCUACAGUUCAUCCUGAGCGUCAGACUGGACUACAGGAUCUCCUACAUGCUGUCAAUCUAUAAGAAGGAGUUUGGCGAGAACAGCGAGAACGCAGAGGUGUCUGCCACUGGCUCUCCGGAGACCUUGCUGCCGUCAGCUCUUGUUCCUGAUAUAGAGGAAAUCGCAGCUCAGGCAGAGACCAUGUUUGCUGGAAGAAAGGAAAAGAAUCCGGUUCAGCUUGAUGACGAGGGAGGGAGGACGUUCCUGCGGGUCCUCAUUCACCUGAUCAUGCACGAGUACCCGCCCUUGCUGUCCGGAGCCCUGCAGCUGCUGUUCAAGCACUUCAGCCAGAGAGCCGAGGUUUUACAGGCCUUCAGACAGGUGCAACUACUGGUGUCCAAUCAAGAUGUAGAUAACUACAAGCAAAUCAAGGCAGAUCUGGACCAGUUGCGGCUGACCGUGGAGAAGUCUGAGCUGUGGGUAGAGAAGAGCAGCAGCUACGAGAGUGGGGAAGCGGGUGAGAGCCAAGUGAAAGGCGGUGAAGAGCCGAUGGAGGAGUCAAACAUUUUAAGCCCGGUGCAGGAUGGAACAAAGAAACCUCAGAUUGACAGCAAUAAGCGCAACAACUACCGAGUUGUUAAGGAGAUUUUGAUUAGGCUAAGUAAACUGUGUGUGCAGAAUAAAAAGUGUCGGAAUCAGCAUCAGCGAUUACUGAAAAACAUGGGGGCUCACUCGGUGGUGCUGGAUCUCCUGCAGAUACCCUAUGAAAAGAAUGAUGAGAAGAUGAACGAAGUCAUGACUCUAGCCCACACCUUCCUGCAGAAUUUCUGCCGAGGAAAUCCACAGAAUCAAGUUCUUCUUCAUAAACACCUGCAUUUGUUUUUAACUCCUGGCCUCCUUGAAGCAGAAACCAUGCGGCACAUCUUCAUGAACAAUUACCAUCUGUGCAAUGAAAUCAGCGAGAGAGUUGUGCAGCAUUUUGUGCACUGCAUUGAGACACAUGGCCGCCACGUGGAGUACCUGAGGUUCUUGCAGACCAUUGUAAAAGCAGACGGUAGAUAUGUGAAGAAGUGCCAGGACAUGGUAAUGACAGAGCUGAUCAACGGCGGUGAAGAUGUGCUGAUAUUUUACAACGACAGAGCAUCGUUUCCCAGCCUUCUCCAUAUGAUGUGUUCCGAGAGAGAACGAGGGGAUGACAGCGGCCCCUUAGCCUACCACGUCACACUUGUGGAGCUGCUGGCGGCGUGCACGGAGGGGAAGAACGUGUACACGGAAAUCAAGUGUAACUCCCUGCUGCCCCUGGACGACAUAGUCAGGGUGGUGACCCACGAUGACUGCAUCCCUGAGGUUAAAAUUGCCUAUGUGAAUUUUGUUAAUCACUGUUACGUUGACACUGAAGUGGAAAUGAAAGAAAUCUACACCAGCAACCACAUUUGGAAAUUAUUCGAGAACUUCUUGGUGGAUAUGGCAAGGGUUUGCAACACAACCACAGACAGGAAACAUGCAGACACCUUCCUGGAGAAGUGUGUGACCGAGUCCAUCAUGAGCAUCGUGAGCGGCUUCUUCAAUUCUCCAUUUUCAGACAGCAGUACCAGCCUCCAGACACACCAGCCCGUCUUCAUUCAGCUGCUGCAGUCUGCAUUCAGAAUUUACAACUGCACCUGGCCAAACCCGGCCCAGAAAGCCUCCGUGGAAUCCUGUAUCCGAACUUUGGCUGAAGUGGCAAAAAAUCGUGGCAUUGCCAUUCCGGUGGAUUUGGACAGUCAGGUCAACACUCUGUUCAUGAAGAGCCACUCCAAUAUGGUGCAGAGAGCAGCCAUGGGCUGGAGACUGUCGGCUCGCUCUGGACCACGCUUUAAGGAAGCUCUUGGAGGGCCUGCUUGGGACUACAGAAAUAUUAUUGAAAAGUUACAGGACGUGGUGGCCUCCUUGGAGCAGCAGUUGAGCCCCAUGAUGCAGGCUGAGUUCUCCGUGCUGGUGGAUGUGCUCUACAGUCCGGAGCUGCUGUUCCCCGAGGGAAGUGACGCGAGAAUCAGAUGCGGUGCUUUCAUGUCCAAGUUGAUUAAUCAUACGAAGAAGCUGAUGGAAAAAGAAGAAAAACUGUGCAUUAAGAUCCUUAAGACACUACGAGAAAUGCUGGAGAAGAAAGACAGCUUUGUGGAAGAGGGUAAUACAUUAAGAAAAAUACUGCUGAAUCGAUACUUUAAAGGUGAUUAUGGCAUUGGUAUGAAUGGCCACUUGUCAGGAACCUACUCCAGAUCUGCACAAGUGGGAGGAAGCUUUUCUGCACAAGAUACCGAUAAGAUGGGAAUCUCAAUGGCUGACAUUCAAUGUCUACUAGAUAAAGAAGGGGCAUCUGAACUUGUCAUCGAUGUCAUAGUGAACACCAAAAAUGAUAGGAUUUUUUCAGAAGGCAUUUUACUUGGCAUUGCUUUGCUCGAAGGAGGAAAUACACAAACACAGUAUUCUUUCUACCAGCAGUUGCAUGAACAAAAGAAGUCAGAAAAAUUCUUCAAGGUUCUCUAUGAUCGAAUGAAAGCUGCUCAGAAAGAGAUAAGAUCCACAGUGACCGUGAAUACCAUAGAUUUAGGUAGCAAAAAAAGGGACGAUGAUAACGAGGCGAUGACAUCUGGACCACGCAUGAGAGUAAGAGAUUCGUCGUUGCAUUUAAAAGAGGGAAUGAAAGGGCAGCUGACAGAAGCUUCCUCGGCCACCUCCAGAGCGUACUGUGUGUACAGAAGAGAAAUGGACCCGGAGCUGGACAUGGUGUGCUCUGGACCGGAGGCAGGAAGUGCCGAGGAGAGGUCUACAGAGGAGGUGCCCAUGAGCCCGGCCAUUGCCAUCAUGCAGCCCAUCCUGAGGUUCCUGCAGCUGCUGUGUGAGAACCACAACCGGGAGCUGCAGAACUUCUUGAGGAAUCAAAACAACAAAACAAAUUACAACCUUGUGUGUGAGACGCUUCAGUUUUUGGACUGCAUUUGUGGAAGUACAACCGGCGGCCUGGGUCUGCUAGGUCUCUACAUCAAUGAGAAGAACGUUGCGCUGGUCAACCAGACCCUGGAGAGCUUGACUGAGUACUGCCAGGGCCCGUGCCAUGAAAACCAGACAUGUAUUGCUACACAUGAGUCGAAUGGAAUUGACAUCAUCAUUGCUUUGAUCCUAAAUGACAUAAACCCUCUUGGUAAAUACCGAAUGGACCUGGUGCUCCAGCUAAAGAACAACGCCUCCAAGCUUUUGCUGGCCAUCAUGGAAAGCAGACACGACAGUGAGAACGCAGAAAGGAUCCUGUUCAACAUGAGACCCAGGGAGCUGGUGGAUGUGAUGAAGAAUGCCUAUAACCAAGGAGUGGAGUGUGAUCGUGGCGACGACGAGGGUGGGGAUGAUGGCGUCUCCCCAAAAGAUGUUGGACACAAUAUCUAUAUUCUGGCCCAUCAGCUGGCCCGGCACAAUAAACUGUUACAGCACAUGCUCAAACCAGGACUGGAUCCCGAGGAAGGAGAUGAAGCCUUGAAGUAUUAUGCCAACCACACUGCUCAGAUUGAGAUCGUUCGGCAUGAUAGGACUAUGGAGCAGAUUGUUUUUCCUGUGCCCAACAUAUGUGAAUAUCUCACACGGGAGUCCAAGUGCCGAGUGUACAAUACGACCGAAAGGGACGAACAAGGAAGCAAAGUGAAUGACUUCUUCCAGCAAACAGAAGAUCUCUACAAUGAAAUGAAGUGGCAGAAGAAAAUUAGGAGUAACCCUGCCCUGUUCUGGUUCUCAAGGCACAUCUCUCUCUGGGGCAGCAUUUCCUUCAACCUGGCCGUGUUCAUCAACCUAGCCGUUGCUCUCUUCUACCCAUUUGGGGAUGAUGGAGAUGAAGGUACACUUUCUCCACUGUUCUCCAUUCUUCUGUGGAUAGCAGUUGCCAUCUGCACAUCUAUGCUGUUUUUCUUCUCCAAGCCAGUGGGUAUUCGGCCAUUUCUUGUGUCAAUAAUGCUGAGAUCAAUAUAUACAAUAGGUUUGGGGCCUACACUCAUACUCCUUGGAGCAGCUAAUCUUUGUAACAAAAUCGUGUUUCUGGUGAGUUUCGUCGGGAAUCGUGGCACAUUCACCCGAGGGUACCGCGCGGUCAUCCUGGACGUGGCGUUUCUUUACCACGUGGCCUACGUCCUGGUGUGCAUGCUGGGCCUCUUCAUCCACGAAUUCUUCUAUAGCUUCCUGCUUUUUGAUUUGGUGUACAGAGAGGAGACUCUGCUCAAUGUCAUCAAAAGUGUCACACGGAACGGCCGCUCCAUUAUUCUGACUGCAGUCCUGGCUCUCAUCCUUGUCUACCUGUUUUCCAUUAUUGGGUUCCUUUUCUUGAAGGAUGACUUCACGAUGGAAGUGGAUAGGCUGAAAAACAGGACUCCCGUUACAGGCAAUUACGAGGUUCCUACCACAACCUUAAAUUCCAUGACGGAGACAUGUGACAAGAACAACUGCUCGGCCACGAUACCAGCUUCCAGUACAGCUGGGGAGGAAUAUGAAGAUGGAAUUGAAAGGACUUGUGACACCCUGCUUAUGUGCAUCGUCACGGUGUUGAACCAGGGCCUCAGGAACGGCGGGGGCGUCGGGGACGUGCUGAGAAGGCCGUCCAAGGAUGAGCCCUUGUUUGCUGCCCGAGUGGUCUAUGAUCUCCUCUUCUUUUUCAUUGUUAUCAUCAUCGUCCUUAAUUUGAUUUUUGGUGUUAUCAUUGACACCUUUGCUGAUCUCAGAAGUGAAAAACAGAAAAAGGAAGAAAUUCUGAAGACAACCUGUUUCAUUUGUGGACUCGAGAGGGACAAGUUUGACAAUAAAACUGUUUCAUUUGAGGAGCAUAUUAAGUCCGAACACAACAUGUGGCACUACCUGUACUUCAUCGUCCUGGUGAAGGUGAAAGAUCCGACAGAAUACACCGGACCUGAGAGUUACGUGGCCCAGAUGAUCGUGGAGAAGAAUCUGGACUGGUUUCCUCGGAUGCGAGCCAUGUCUCUCGUGAGCAAUGAAGGGGACAGUGAGCAAAACGAGAUUCGGAACCUGCAGGAGAAGCUGGAGUCGACCAUGAGUCUGGUCAGACAGCUGUCGGGUCAGCUGGCGGAGCUCAAGGAGCAGAUGACAGAACAAAGGAAGAAUAAGCAGAGACUGGGCUUCCUGGGGUCAAACACAGCCCAUGUGAAUCAUCACAUGCCACCACACUGAUACCAUGGGGAGCCGUGACCGGCCUUCGAGCCGCGGCCUGCCUGGUCACGGAGCGCAGGAACAGUGCCUAUUGUUGAGAAGUCACAAACAACCGAGUGCCAAGACGCCGAGCGGUUUCGCUCCGAGAACAAUCUGUAGCUGUGUUUUCAUGGUUGAGAAGACCCAGGCUAAAGUGCAGCCGCUCGAAAGCACACAGCGCACAUUCUUAAGGCAACGUGAAGCAACUUGCUGCAGUGGGUAGGAAGAGGCAGGGAGAAAGAGACAGGGCAGCCAGGGCUCCCUGCUGCUCAGUGGAGAGCGGUCCGCUUUGUCUGAGCGCCGACUGCAACCUCCGUCCUGCUGCGUUGAUUGGAAUUUCUCUUUUCCUAUGGGUCAGUGGGACAGGAAGUCCCACUUUGGUGGCUAUGUUUUGCUCAGGCGAAUACCAGAAAAGAUUAAAAAUGAGCGUUGCAAAGAAAACUGCUAAUGCUUCCAGCCUGUCGCUGUCACUGGGCAAUCCCUUUAUUUAUAUCGUGGAACACAGUGGACUUCCAGUCUGCAGCCUUGCGCUUCGGAGCUUGGGCCCGGCACGCUGAUGGCGGAACUGGACUGUGGCUGCUUCCUCCCAGGCUCUCAUGGGCCCUGUCAGAGUGGAGCACAAAGGAGAUGUCCAUGUAGCUUGUUAAGACCGUGUUUUAAGUCAUGUGUAGGCUAAGCUUGUAAAAGAUUUGGGGGAAGAAAAAGCCGACCGCCCCAGGGAAGAAUUUUUUUGAGAACAUAUGAAUGCCAUUAAAUUAUAUUGAGAUUAAGAAAUGAAAAUGCUUCACGGGGACAGGAAAUCCUGGAAAGCUUGUAACAGUGGCCUUCCCAUCUAUAAACGUGGAGUGAAAGCUGUUUGAGUCAUGUUUGCUGUGCUUAAGGAAGCAAAUGUUUGUAUCCUACUCCUGCAGUAGAGGGGAAAAAAAAAAUCCAAGAAAUGUAUUGAAUACUCAAGAAAAUGCAGCAUUUCGAUUGCAUAUUUAAAACUGUGUUUGGAAGGGCUUUUCCAAAUGUAAGAUAAAAAUCUCUUGCCCAAAUUGUUUUUCUGUUAAGUCAUGCACUCAGGAUUUGUUGAGGGAGAAAAUAGCCUGACAUGGUCAGAUUAUUCUUAGAGGCUCUCCAUCUGGGGUAUUAGAGUGCCCUGCAGAGAGAGAGUGCAAGUGUUAGGAGAGGUGCUCUGUGGAAGGGAGCCAAUCCCAGGACCCUGGGCUCUGGGAGAUGCUUCGCAGGUUGCUCUUGGGGUCUCUACCGCAUCGAAAGGUUCAGUGAUUACCACCACGGUUUAAGGUCCAGAGCCAGGGUGCUGUGAGCACUGUCACAGCUUUGGGAUUGUUGUAAUGUAGUUUAAGUUAUUGGUUCCUAAAAAUCCCAAGUCAGGGUCUGAGUCGAAUAUAAAGGAAACCUGAAUUAAUCCUUCUUCCAUGUGGUUACAAUAGCGACUCGGAACCCAGCUGUCGGAAGGCAGAGAAAUGAAGUUCUGAGCCCAAUCUCUUGGUUCUCCCCCACCCCGGUACCUCCCCAAAGGAACACUCUCUCACUGUGCCCUGACAAGUAGCUGAGCGUUCCCGGUAUCCACGAUGCAAAGAUGCUGAGAGAUUGUGGUCUGUCACAUGCAGCACAAGCCUUUGAGUGUAACAGGCUUUCAGCAAGUAUGGGAGAACAUUUAGCUGUCAUUCAAUUAUCUUUAAUUCUUUUAGGAAAACUUUAAGCCAUUUUAUCUAUUUGUUUUUUUAAAUGGCUUCACCAAAAUCAACAUUGACUAACGCAGCCAUUUUUAAGCUGCAGAAUUAUCAUUGCUAGUUUUGGUAAUAGGUAAAAGAAAUGCAUACCUUAAAGUAUUUUAUUCAGGCAGAGUUUUGUGGAUAGGGAGAAGAAGAAAAGAGAACAAAGAGAUAGGUAGUAAAUAAUGAGCCUUUUCAAAUAUAGGAACCUGUCUCUAUUUUAGUCCAAACUGAAAAUAUUUCUGAGGUCUGAACUAAAGGUAGAGAGAAUAAACAAAUUUGCACAGAUGUGAACACCCUGUCUCUCAGAUGAUGAGCUCUUAGUUUUCCUGACACUGCGAUGGUUCGUGAUAUAGGGAAGAAGCCAUUGGAUCUGUACCUGCCAUCUGCAAGUGACCUGCUGUCUCCGGCCAUUGUAUAGUGGCCGCUCACUGUGCCACAGCCUCCUUUCUCCUGUGGGAAGUACCCAGAAGAUGUUGCAUUUCACCAGACCCUUGAUUCAUCAAAAUUUAAACUGUUUCCAGUUUUUAAUUUAAUGUUUUUAGUGCCUCUUUCUUUCCUGCCUAAAUGCUUGGAGAUUAUAAAUCUAAAUAAACAAAAACAAGCAAACAAAA